AUGGCUUUGAAGUUAAGAUAAAAAAGAGAAGAGAAAGAAUAAUUAAGAAUCGUGUCUAUUGUAAAAGAAUUAUAUGUACCUUAUAAAUUCUUUCUUUAUGGGGAUAUGCCAUUGGAUUUUGAUUUUGAAUCUAAAAAAGGCAUGAUAUUUUGCGAAAACAAUCCCUUGGUUGGUUUUAAAAGCUGCAAAAGAGUGGUUAAAACAAACACGUUCAUAAAUUUUGAUUUGUGUAAUGAUUAGUAGCAAUUAAAUGAUUUUUAGUUUUUAAUAGAUAAACUCAGGAGUAUGGAAAAUAGAGCUGUGAGCGAAUUAUCAAAUUAGCUUUAAAGUUACUAAGAUAAAAUAAAAUAAGAAUAAAUUCUUGAUGAGAGACUCCAUAUUACUGAAAGAUUAGAUCAAUUACUCUUAGAUAAUGAAGAUAUAGAAAAAAAUAUUUAUGAAAAAGCCAAUCAAAUCCUUAAUAAAGAUGUCACUAAAAAUCCUUUUAUUCACUACUAAAUAUUUCGAAAGACUCCAUACGAAUUUACAACUUUAAGGAGUGGUAUCAGUAUAUCUGGCAUGCAGUACUUUGGUAUUAGUGCAGAUAUUUUUGAACAAUCCAUGCUUAGAAAUAAUCACAUGCCUAUAAAUAGAGAUGAGAAAGCUAUCUUUUUAGCUCUAAGGUCUUUGUAAAAACUUAAUAUUGACCAUGCUGAAUAUGCAAAAUCUGGAAAGACUAUUAGCUCAGAAGUACUUAUAAAAUAUAAAAGUACUCUUUACUAAAUUGUGGAAUCAUCUAAAGUUUAUGCCCUUUGUGAUUUCUUAGACCCUUCUAGUGAUAGUAAUUAUUAUCUUGUAAUCCAUUAUUUAGGAAUAAGAAAUAAAGAAGAUUAAGAAAAGGGAAUGAAAUUAAUUGAACCUCCAAAAAUAGAUUAAUAAUAGUAUUUGCACAAAAAGAGAGUAAUUAACAAUAAUGAAUAGAUAUUAGACAUACAAACCUUCAAGAAUUGCUCAUCCAAAUUGAAUUAUGAAUAAUAUCAUAAAUAAAAUUACAUAUAUCAUGAUUAGUAAUUAAUAUCUAGCGACUCUUCUGAUAAAAGCUAUGAUAACUCAAGUCCUUGUAAUUCAACUUCUAAAUAAUCCUUAAGUGACAACAAUAAAAUACAUACAAAUAACAUAAAUGAUAUUUAUACUAAAUAAAUGGAGAUUAGUAAGUAAAAUAAUGAUAAAUAGAUUUUUAAUGCAUAAAUUUCACCUUUAAUUGAUUAGAAAAGAUAGAAAUUAGAGGAGAUAAGUGAAGUAGAUGAAAACCAAAGCAGUGUUUAGCUGUUGCCUGUAGCCUAGUAACAUAUAUAAGUUAAUUAUCAAAAUAAAGCUCAAGAAUUUAUCUCAAGUUAUUACAACAACAAAGAAGAAGAAAUAAAAAAGUAGUAAAAAUUCAACAAAGUAUUAGAAAACAUGCUAAAAAAAAAAUAAUAAAAAUUAAAUGUUAAAUUAAUAUGA